CCAAUCUGAUGGUACAGUCCUCUGUGCUCCGUUCAAAGUGUUCCGGCGGAGAAGUAUCGCUCGCUGCUGCCGCUGAGAGCAGUCGGGCUAAAAAGUCGUCCGGGGUGGUGUCCGCUCCUUUGGAGAUUGGUCGGGGGCUGCAUGGCGUUGCCAGGUGGAAAUAAAGAUAUCAGGGCAGGGUGCAAGAAAUGUGGCUAUCCGGGUCAUCUCACAUUUGAAUGCCGAAACUUUCUCCGGGUGGACCCCAAAAGAGACAUUGUUCUAGAUGUCAGCAGUACAAGCAGUGAAGACAGUGAAGAGGAGGAGUUGGGAAAGCUGCAGACCGUUCCAGAGAAAACGACUAAUGCUGAAGAGGAGGAAAAGAAAAAGGCCAAAAAGAAAAGCCAUGAAAAAUCAAAAUUAAAGAAAGCAAGGAAAAGAUCUUGCUCAUCAAGUGUCACAGAAGAGGAUGAGCCCAAAUCAAAGAAACAGAAAUUCCACAAGAAGGAAAAGAAGAAGGAGAAAAAGAGUAAAUCCAAGAAAAGAAAACAUCACAAAAAAGGAAAGAAAAAACGGAAAAAGGGAAAAGAGUCUUCAUCUUCUGAUAGUUCAGACUCUUCUAGCAGUGACUGAGAAGCACAACUCGGGUGACUGAGAUUUGGCUUGGUUAUGAUUAUAAUUGCCAGUAAAAAAAUAUAUAUUUUUACCAAAAAAAACACCCCCACACCCUCCUUUAUUUAUAAAUGUCUCUUUCUUUUAUUAAACUAAAACUAUUUGUAAGUGUA